AAAACCUCACAAGAAGAAGAAGAACAAAUCACAGAAGAAGAGGAGCGUGCUGAUUGUUUGGAUCGGAUAGUGACAGGAAAGGUGAUGAAAAACGUUUAAAGAAGAUCAUCGAGGUGUGCGGGUAAAAGCGGAUGUUUAUUUAUCUGGAUCGUUUGAUUGGAGGAAAGCUACCGACACGAUGGCAGCAGGAUUUGGCCUCUGAUGGGCGGCUGGCAUCCAGCUGGUUGGACAGAUUUGGCUUCUCAGAUCAUUAGAUUGGCUGAUCAACUUCUGGCUUCAUCAUUAGAGACCCCCCAGACUUCAUCAUCACUGUGAAUGUUUGGGGAGAUGACGCAGACGUCAGCGGGCUGGUCGACAGCUUUGUUGGAGACUCAGUGACUAUUGAAAAUCCUUUAGUUUCCAUCAAAGACCAAGAGAAAGGAGAUGACUUCUGUCCUAUAACACCAAGAUGUUGAGCAGGUUGGUGAUGGUUAAAGAAGAAGCUCCUGAAGAGCACACACCCUGUGCUGUCCUCCAUGACCCAGAGCUCCACCACAUAAAGGAGGAACAGGAGGAGGUCUGCACCACUCUGAAGGGAAAGCAGCUCCAUCCAAAAGAGGAGAUUGAUGCCAUGGAGUUUCCAAUCACUGCUGCUCCCAUAAAGAGUGAGGAUGAUAAACAAUCCUCUGUUCUCUCACAGCUUUAUGAAGAACACAUUAAAGACGAGCUUCCAGUAGAGAAUGAUGGAAGAGAAGAAUCCAUGACGAUACAAGAUCAUAAAGAUGGCUCCAUUUCCUUAAAGACUGAGGAGGAAAACGAUGCAGAGCUCUCCAUCUCUGAGACCAAACACCUAUCAGCCUCUGUGAUGAUAAAGAAGGACAUGGAGGAUGACUGGAAGACGGUUACAGUUCCUGAAUCAGAGACAAACAUGUCUAACAAUCCGUCUGGCUCCUCUGAGUUUGCUGAACAAUAUGUUCAGAGUAGCUGUCCUCAAAAAGACAUGAAAAAUUCAGAAAUGGGGUCUUCACAGUCCCUGGAUAAUGAGAGGCCGCUCGCAAAAAAGACAAAUGUAGACUCGCAGAAUAAUGUGCAAAAGAGGGUGAACUUUACCUGUGAAGACUGUGGAAAAUGUUUUUCUAGAAAAGUCCAUUUAAAACAACACCUUAUAAUUCACACGGGACAGAAACCUUUCUGUUGUGACGUUUGCGGACGAGAUUUUAGCCUGAAAGGCAAUUUAAAGAAACACAUGAGAAUCCACACAGGACAGAAACCUUUCUGCUGUUAUCUAUGUGGACUAAACUUUAGCCAAAAAGGACACUUAAACACACACAUAAUGAUUCACAUUGGACAGAAACCUUUCUGCUGUGAUCUAUGUGGACAAAGUUUUACCCUGAAAUCAUCUUUAAACCAACACAUGAUAGUCCACACAGGACAGAAACCUUUCUGUUGUGACAUAUGUGGACAAAGUUUUAGCCAGAAAGGACACUUAAACAGACACAUGCGGAUCCACACGGGGCAGAAACCUUUCUGUUGUGACCUAUGUGGAGAAAGUUUCAAUCAGAAAGGAACCUUAAACAGACACAUGCGAAUCCACACGGGACAGAAACCUUUCUUUUGUGAUCUGUGUGGACAGAGAUUUAUUCAAAAAGCAAAUUUAAACAAACACCACAUGAGAAACCACACUGGAGGGGAGAAGACUUAACCAUGAAUACUGCUGUGGUUCAAAAAAAUCUAUUUCCUAUGAAAUUCUUUGUAAUAUUGAUGGAAUCUGCCUUUUUCAAUUCCGAUCUGGGCCACAAAUCCGAUACCGGUCGGAUCUGCUGUAUAAACGGCCAAAUGACCCAUAUUGGAAUUAGUAUGAUGUAACUAUAGGGAAGCACGAUAUUGGGAUUUUGGCCGAUAUCCGAUAUGCCGAUAUUUUAAAACUCAUGUAGCCGAUAACCGAUACUGAUACCGAUGUUAAAGCUGGACAAAAAUAAGUAGUCAUUGAAAAUAGCAG